UUACUGCUGGUGCUUUCCUUUUCCCUCCCCGAAAGGAUGUAGUUAAAAGCUAGGGUCAGGAUGUUGAUCACUGCCUGGGCCUCCUGGUUUCAGAUGGUUAUGGAGAAUGAUCCUACUUCCUGGAUCCCAAAUCUUUUCUUUUCUUACUCAUUUGUUCUGGUUUUAAGAGGAGCUUUGGGGGCAGUGCUUACUUGUUGCCUCCUGUAAGAGCUCUUCAUUUUAGAAGAACUCUUUAUUCGUUCUACUUCCCUCUUUGCAGCCCUCUCGGAAAACCACGCUACAUAAGAGUUACAUUAAAAGCCUGCGCUUAAGAUAUGGCUCGUGGACAGCAGAAGAUUCAGUCUCAGCAGAAGAAUGCCAAAAAGCAAGCUGGACAAAAGAAGAAACAAGGACAUGACCAAAAGGCUGCUGCCAAAGCUGCCUUAAUAUAUACCUGCACUGUUUGUAGGACACAAAUGCCAGACCCUAAGACCUUCAAGCAGCACUUUGAAAGCAAGCAUCCUAAGACUCCACUUCCUCCAGAAUUGGCUGAUGUUCAGGCAUAAAGUUGUUUACAGGUGAAUUCAUGACACCUUUGACUCUUCUACUGUCUCAGACCUUAGGUAACAAACCUGCAGCUGCUUUUCUAACAAACUGUUGAUCAGCAAAAAUAAAGGGGCUACAGAAACACUCAUUUUUAUGCUGUUCCCUUUUGGGCUUCAUGCAAAGACAAUUCUGUGUAAAUGUACAGUUGACUCUGAUUUGGAAAUCUGAAAAUCAGUCCAUCCUUGUUAUAAAAAAUUUUUUUACAAUUGUAAUUAUAUUGAUGUUCAUAUUGUGUAAAAUAACUCAUUUAAUAAAGUAGUACUUUGAUUUUACAACAUCACAGGUUAAAUGGUUCUAGAAAUUCUGUUCUAACUUUCCACAUUAUUUGCCUUAUGAAAAUCUAAUGAAUUCGUCAGCUAGAAUUGCAGGUACAAUUCUUAUCUCCCUCUCUCAGCACAGUGGCAGGUUCAUUAGCUAAACUAGAACAGACUCAUUCAUACAGUUUUACUGGCAGCGGUUGAUCUAGGUGAAGAAUGACUUACCUGCUGCCUUAGUAUAUUACCAUCAUGUGUCAUUUACCCUUCUGAUUGUUUCCUGUGUUUGAGGUUGGAAUAUUUCAACUUGCCACAUGACCUGGCCAUAGCUGCCAGCCGGGAGUACCCUGUAGAUGACUGAUAAAUUCCUAGUGCGUUGGAUUUUCAGUGAGCCCUUCUGAAAGAGUAGGUUCUGAGGCAUAUGCCAUAACGAAAUCAGUAAGGCUGUCAUUGAAUACAAAAUACGAUGGAUCAUAUGUGAACUGGUAAAGCUUAAUAUAUUAUAUAAAUUAUACCAGAUUCUUUCAAAAUUCUUCAAGUGCAUUAAUUGGAAAUUAAAACUCAACUUUUGAAGGACUUUUUGGAAGUUUAAUGUUUUGACCAAUUUCAUGAAUGGUUUUUCAUUAACAGGAAGAUUGGAAUGACUUGCUGCUGGGUUAAUUCCCAGAACCUUCUCCCUCCUUUCUUUUGUAAGUGAGUAGUUGAUUUUAGGAGUUUACUUUGUGCUGGCUCCUAAAGUCAAAGACUAUACAGUGUGACUUCUGUCCGAACUAGAAAAGAAUUAAAAUAGGCCAAUCUCCACAUCUUUUGGCUCUGAGGGUGGGGAAGUGGGUUAGUUCAGAUGGAUGAGGUGAAUCCUACCCAGUUAAGGAAGACUAAUUUUAGGGUUCUUCUAAUUUGCUUUUGUCAACUAUUAACUUUACUAGUGAAACUGCUGUAACUCUGUUUAAAUUUUAAAGUUAAUAUAAUAGGAAGAACACUCAACUAUUUACUGGUAAUUGCUUAGAGCCACCAAUCCAAUCCUGUAGAUUACAAAAUGCAUUCCCUCUUUCUGCUGUAAUUCAUCACUGCAUUUGUUUUGUAGCUGUGCAUAUUCUGCCCACCUUGUUUGACUUCACUGUAAGUUUCAAGUAAGAUAUUUACAAGGAAAAGCUUCAGUGGCAAUAGUUUCUUAGCAACUUCUAUUACAUUCUUACUUUAAAAUAGUCAUUUUUUUUCAUGUAUUUAAUUUCCUGUUUCAGAUUUAAUAUCUGUUAUUUCCUAAUAUGUUCGUACAGAACAUUAGAAUUUGCCUGAUUGCUUGUGGUGGGUAUUAUUAAAGUUCUGGUUAAAUUACAAUUUAAAGUUUUUAAAAGCGCUUUGACCAUGUGUAUGUUUACAUUUAGUAACAAAUCAUUUAAAAACCAUUCACAAGUUUUAGUUCAUUUUUUUUUCAUUUUUGCUGACUGUAAUUCAGAAUAAAAGCUUUUUGUUCUUGUAUUUAACCCUUUUUUAUAAGCAGCUGAAGACACCAUAUUUAACUUUAUAUCACAGUGAUAGGAAAAUAGCUGCAUUGGUCUUGCAGAAGACAUUAAUUCUCAUAUUUCUUUUGUGUAAGGAUUAUUAGUACAAUCCCUUUUUAUUAUGUUUGAGUUAAAUCUGCUCUAAGGGGAAAACUACAAUUCUUAAGCAUCGUCAUUAUUAAAUUUGAAGAUUCUUUAACAGAUCACAGCAAAGUUCAUUAUAAAACUGUUAUGGUGUCUUCAAAGACUUUAGAAAAUCUGAGACACAGAGAGAGAAUUGGUCCGUUUGUAUUCUGUAUUUCCAUUAAUUGCCAAAAGAAAUGGGGUUAAGAUUACAUUUGUUUCCAUUCUACUUCCUAUGGAUCUACAUCCCCAUGUUUAACUGACACACUGGGCUCAGUUGUGUGCUGUAAUGUCUCAUUAAAGAAGAUAUUAAAGAAAAC